AUGGCACUUUAUGGAACUGCCUUAUCCUUUAAUGGGCUUUCUUCUUCUGGCAAAGAGUUUAAUUUCUUGCCGGGUUUGUUCAUCAAUAGCUUUCAGAAGCGACAUCAUGCUUGUCAGUCACCAAACUUUACUCAAAAUAGGUUAGUUUUCGGGAAAAGUUUUGAAAGAGGAAACCAACAGUGUCUUUUGCCUAAUCAAUGCCUCGAGUUACAAACGAGAAGAUUCAGGACACGACAGGGAGUUAAAAGUGAGGACUCAGAGAGCGCAUUGAGUAGCGAGAACAUUGCAUUAGAUGAACACACUUUAGUGGAGGAGCUGCAGAAAGCAAUUGCCGAGGAGAAUUAUACCAGAGCUGCAGAAAUAAGGGAUACUCUAAAAAGCCUUCAAAAAGAUAGCAAAAUAGAAGUAUUGGGAUUAAACAGCAAGUUUUAUAAUGCAUUCAGGAAUGGUGACCUUGCAGGCAUGCAAGCCAUGUGGGCGAAAAGGGACGAAGUAUGCUGUGUACAUCCUGGCUUGAAAGGAAUAUCCGGAUACGACGAUGUUAUUGAGAGCUGGAAUUAUGUAUGGGCCAACUAUGAAUUUCCGCUGCAAAUUAAACUAGAAGACAUUAAAGCUCAUGCUAGAGGAGAUAUGGGAUAUGUCACUUGCAUGGAAUUUGUAAAGGCGAAAGGAGGAAGAUGGGGAGGACAAUUUGUAACGAAUGUGUUCGAGAAGAUCGAUGGUGAGUGGUUUAUCUGCAACCAUCAUGCUUCACCAGUGGACAUAUGA